GUCAUCAGAGGGAAAGAAGAAGAAAACAUGAGGCGGGAAGCUGGCCAAGAGCUUCCUGAAGACCAUGCAAAUGAGGCCCGCCCACAGCUGCCUGGAAACCGCGCGCCAGGAGCAGGCGGAGCCCAGAGAACAGGCUGCAGGACCGCUCAGCCAAGGAGGAGGAGGUGGAGGAGGCUCUGAGGAGCAGGACGUCUCCUGUCAGACCCCCGCAGUGUCUGGUCUGAGGAUGGCAGAGCAGCAGGGCCGGGAGCCUGAGUGCCCUGUCUGCUGGAACCCCUUCAACAACACAUUCCACACCCCCAAAGUGCUGGACUGCUGCCAUUCCUUCUGCGUGGAAUGCCUGGCCCACAUCAGCCUGGUGACUCCGACGCGACGCCGCUUGCUGUGCCCGCUGUGUCGCCACCCCACCGUGCUGGCCUCCGGGCAGCCUGUCACUGACUUGCCCACGGAUACCGCCGUGCUCACCCUGCUCCGCCUGGAGCCCCACCAUGUCAUCCUGGAAGGCCACCAGCUCUGCCUCAAGGACCAGCCCAAGAGCCGCUACUUCCUGCGCCAGCCCCGGGUCUACACGCUGGACCUGGGCCCUGAGCCUGCGAGUCAGGCUGGGCAGCCCCAGGACGUGGGCCCUAGCACCAGGCCAGUCCCCAUCCCCAGCCGUUACUCUCUGCGGGAGUGUUUCCGCAACCCACACUUCCGGAUCUUUGCCUACAUGAUGGCGGUCAUCCUCUGCGGCACCGUGUUGUUCAUCUUCUCCAUCUUUUGCACCAGACGAUUUUUCUGGGGCGUGGGGUGAGCAUCUAUUCCAGACACCUUUCCUGGCUGCUGCUGGGUAUGGGGAUUGUGGAGCACCACUUGGGGUUGGUCUUCCUUCAUAGUAUUGUUCAUUUUUACAAUCCAGGGGUCGGCUAGGCUGUGCAUCUGCUUCUAGCAAGAGUCCUAAUACAAUGAGAACCUCUGAAAGCUAACGGACUGGGGAAGAUGUGAAGAGACCUCUGGGUGUGAACCGUGGGUCAUGGAAGGGCAGAGAAGCAGACCUG